CUCUGUAAAUUUUAUCACGAGUACAAGUAGGAGUAAGCAACUUGUUAACCGAGCUCGACACUUGUCAGCCAAACCAACAAGGCAAGGCAACAACCCGAACCCCGGCGAGAGAAGACGAAGACUAGGAUGUCGUUGGCGCUGUCUCGCAUGCUGCUCGACAGGUUCUUCCCCGACGCCGGCGUCGGCGAGACGAGGCCACCGAUGGACUGGAAGGAGACGCGGGACGCGCACGUGUUCAUGAUGGACGUCCCGGGCCUGACCAAGGAGCAGGUGGCCGUCGAGCUGGUGGACGGCCGCAUCCUCCGCGUCCGCGGCGGCAAGCACAAGCAGGACCAGGACGACGGCGCCGGCGAUAAGGGCGCCCCGGCGGCGGGCCACGAGGGAAAGGAGGAGGGGGCCACCGACGACGACGGCGGCGCCGUGAGGUGGCAUUGCAGGGAGAGAGCCGGCGCGCGCGCGUUCGAGACGCAGUUCCGGGUGCCGGACGACGCGGCCGCGGACGAGGUGCGCGCGGCCUUUGCGGACGGGGUGCUCACGGUGACCGUGCCCAAGCGGAAGGGCGGCGGCAAGAAGCGGCACCACGGCGGCAGCAAGCCCGUGUGCUGCAGGUUCUGGCCGUGACCGAUGCAUUGCAAAACCACGCAUGAUUUCGUGCGUGCGUCCGCGUCAGAACCUGCAGCUUGUACAGUACCUCCUCUUUGCUUCAAAGACGUACUUAUCCAUGCGUGCGUGUAAUGGGCGGAUCCCUCGUUUCUGUACAGUCAUUUCCUGUGUGUGACUCGCCAAUUUUUCUCUUGUAUGUAUUAUAGCGAAAUUCAUCUUGUUGUGGUUUAAGAAAUCUGAGGUUGAUUUCCGUUUCA